AGGGGUCGCCGCAUGGUCGAAGUGUAAGAGCUGUGCCGGAAGAAACUGAAGAACGUCCAACGGAAAUACUCGACAGUCCCGGAAACGAUUGUGAAAGCCCCGGGAGAAGCCAUAUCUUGCCCCCUCUUUUCCUUUUAAGCGGGAGUACGAACGGAGGAGCCAAACUCAUGCGCCGCUUUGGAGCCGUGAAACUGACGUUGACGGAAGUACUCGAGCCUGUCCGGAAAAACCCGAAGACGGGGCCGACGCUUCCCGAGCGUUUCUGGGUAGACUUUCAAAAGAAAAGAAAAGAAAAGUGAGAGAGACAUUGUCCUAGAGAGGUUAAGGAGGCUACCGAGCACAUUUCGAAAGCGCCUUGCGGAGAUAGCCGAGUGUUUCCGUUAACACCCGAAGUUGCAGCCGGAAGUUGCCGAACUCAAGGGAAGGCGCUGCCGCGGCCUACUGCGUGAGGAGACGCUGGUUAGGAAGACCUACUCUACCAGCAGCGAGGCCGCACUCAGGCCGUCCUCCUUACCUCCCUCCCUUCUCCGUUACCAUGUCCGACUUCGACGAGUUCGAGCGGCAGCUCAAUGAAAACAAACAGGAACGCGACAAAGAGAACCGUCACCGGAAACGCAGCCACAGUCGCUCACGAAGUCGUGACAGGAAACGUCGCAGCCGUAGCCGUGACAGGCGCAACAGGGAUCAGCGCAGUGUUUCACGGGAUCGCAGGAGACGCAGAUCACCCCUAAACAUAACGGGUCCCCUGAGCCGUUCUCCCCGGCAUGAAAAGAAGAAGAAGGUUCGCAAGUACUGGGAUGUUCCGCCCCCGGGCUUUGAACACAUCACACCCAUGCAGUAUAAAGCCAUGCAAGCUGCUGGGCAAAUCCCAGCUACAGCCCUCCUGCCGACCAUGACCCCUGAUGGACUGGCGGUGACACCCACUCCUGUGCCAGUGGUAGGCAGCCAGAUGACACGGCAAGCCCGGCGCCUCUAUGUGGGAAACAUCCCCUUCGGAAUCACUGAGGAGGCUAUGAUGGAUUUCUUCAAUGCUCAGAUGCGCCUUGGUGGCCUUACGCAGGCUCCUGGAAACCCUGUCUUGGCAGUGCAGAUCAACCAGGACAAGAACUUUGCGUUUUUGGAGUUUCGGUCUGUGGAUGAAACUACCCAGGCUAUGGCUUUUGAUGGGAUCAUUUUCCAGGGACAGUCGUUGAAGAUAAGACGCCCCCAUGAUUACCAGCCACUCCCUGGCAUGUCUGAAAACCCUUCAGUCUAUGUGCCAGGUGUGGUGUCCACAGUGGUUCCAGAUUCUGCCCACAAGCUGUUCAUUGGGGGUCUGCCAAACUAUCUUAAUGAUGAUCAGGUCAAGGAGUUGCUCACUUCUUUUGGACCCCUGAAGGCUUUCAAUUUGGUGAAGGACAGUGCCACUGGCCUGUCAAAAGGUUAUGCCUUUUGUGAAUAUGUGGACAUCAAUGUUACAGACCAGGCCAUCGCGGGCUUGAAUGGCAUGCAGCUGGGUGACAAGAAACUAUUGGUGCAGAGAGCCAGUGUCGGAGCCAAGAAUGCUACUCUGAGCACAAUAAACCAGACCCCAGUGACCCUGCAAGUACCGGGCCUGAUGAGCUCACAGGUGCAGAUGGGUGGCCACCCCACUGAGGUGCUGUGCCUCAUGAAUAUGGUGCUGCCCGAGGAGCUGCUGGAUGAUGAGGAAUAUGAGGAGAUCGUCGAGGAUGUGCGUGAUGAGUGUAGCAAGUAUGGUGUUGUCAAGUCCAUUGAGAUCCCCCGGCCUGUUGACGGUGUUGAGGUGCCUGGCUGUGGCAAGAUAUUCGUGGAGUUCACAUCUGUCUUCGACUGUCAGAAGGCCAUGCAAGGCCUGACUGGGCGCAAGUUUGCUAACCGGGUCGUGGUGACCAAGUAUUGCGACCCUGACUCCUAUCAUCGCCGAGACUUCUGGUAGUCCAGCCCUGAGCCACGCAUGGGGGAUGUUUUGAAGAGGCAGGGGCAGCUCGCUGGCCGGAGAGGCUCCUUUAGCAGCAUAGCCUGUUUAUAUUUUAUGGCCAAAAUCUCCUGUAUUUUUUUCUUCCAGUUGUCCCAAUCCCUUCCUUUUCUAUCCCUGCCGCCGCCACCAACACCACCCACGGUUUCCCAGUGAUGGUUACUCUGUAGUAGAAAUGUUGUCUCUUACCCCAUAUUCCCUCACCCCACUGUGAUGUUUCUGAUUUUUGCUAAGAGGAGUUUUGCUCUUAAAAAAAAGAUGGGCCCGUUUUGUUGUAUUUUCCUUUCCUCUGCGCUGUGUGUAUGGACAACUAUUUCUCUAGCAUUGUCUCUCAUAAUUAAACAUUUUUUUCCAA